AAAUUUGAAACAGACGGGUUGGAAACUGUAAGAGAAACUCGUCUAAAAUUCGAAUUUAGACGAAAGAAUCAGACGAAAAAAUCAGACGAGUUUCUCAAAUAUCAACACGGUCAAGGACGAAGCAAGGAUACAGUACGUCACUAAAUUUCCACCUUGAGACAACUACAAAGAGAGUUCUUCUUCAUAUUCAUUACAAAGAUAUCCUAUUGGCCGUACGAAAUCGUAAUUUACAAGUGCUGAACAUGAUGAAGAUGUUUCAUUUAAACCCGUUGUUCAUAUUACUUGUCAUGAUGUACAACAUGCAUCACAUCCAAGCACAGGAAUGUAGCAAAACGUCCGGACCAGUUGGAAAUGUAAAGUGCGUUCAGAUUUCAGGAUACAGUGACUAUCAGUGGACCACAUGUCGCAGUAACGGCUAUGUCCAAACGAAAUCCAAUGGGAAAAGAAAUUGCAAAGGUUCUUACUGUUAUUACGAAUGCAUGCUUGACGCUUAUGACAAACGUGAUGGCGAUAUUCUUUCCCAAUGCAAGUGUUCCCCAUCUGACUACGUGCCCACUGACGAAGUCAAAUUAUCCAAACAGUGCUACAGCCCUGAUAGCACAAACUGUAACUGGUUUAGAAAGUGCCUCAGCAGAGCCUAUCCUAAUUGUGAAGACGACAAACACGACUACACCAUUACAUAUGCCGAGACAUUUUGUAAACUUUACGAUGAUCGAAACGACAAGUUUUCCGAAAAAGUAAAAGAAUGGAUGAACGCUGCCAGGAAGUGUCUUCAAUUUAAACUGGUUCCACUGGUAGACAAAAUCGUGGUAGAAAAAAAGUGUUCGGAGCUGAGAACAGCAGCAUUCAAAACACACUCACCCUGCUACACCAACCCUGACGACACGGCAACAUCGUACUGCGACUUAUCUUUCCAAGAUAAGAACACUGUGUUUUGGACUCUUAAAUCAAAAUAUUCCGCAGCAUAUUGGCCCAGUUUGAAAAGUCUAUUAGACGUCAGACGUGAUUGUAAAAGCAAAGAAAGCAACCGCGAACACGCAAAGAAAGUUCAGGAUAUGAUCGAAAAAGAACUGGACUGGCAACUUGGAACAGACAGAAACAAUUCUUUGGAAGUAAGAAUUCGAGAAGCAGAGGUGACAAUCAAAGUUUGGCUACAAAAUCUGGGUGAAAACCCAAUUCAGCUUUCCGUGAAAAUGAACGAUAAUGAUUGGACGUCCAAACGAGAAAAAAGAUCUGCCCCAAGUUUCAAGGAAAUUGAGGAUUCCAAAUUUGCUGGGAAGGUUAUCGAUGCAGUCGCUUCACAAGGAAAAUGGCAGGAGAAGGGAAUUACUUGGAUUGCUUAUGCAAAUGGACAAGGGAAAGAAAAGUCGAUCAUGUUUAUCCUGGCUGAUCGUUAUAAGUACGAAGAUGGCCCGUCGAAAAUCAAGUCAACGACAUUCGCUGAUACUUUGGUCCAGCUGAGCACAGAUAUUCUCAAUGAAAGUCUUAAUGUUAAUGUGGAUGGAAGACGUGUUAACCUUAAGGAGUUAAAAGGCUAUUUAAAUAUGUCUGGUGAAGAAGGUGAAGAAGGUGAAGAAGGUGAAGAAGAUAAUACAAUUACGAUUACUAGAUCAAGGGGAACAGUCCUCAAAGCAAUGCAUACAAUGGCAUACUUAAUCUUCUUGAGUAUCAACUUGUUUUUAUGUGAUAAGAAUUUUAUCACUGCCAUAAGUGGCCUCUAACUUUGACUUUAAAUUUAAUAGUAUAAUCUCUAUGUUAGCUGAAGUAUAAUCUCUAUGUUAGCUGAAGAUAUAAUCUAUAUGUUAGCUGAAGUAUUAUCUAUAUGUUAGCUGAAGAUAUAAUCUAUAUGUUAGCUGAAGAUAUAAUCUGAAAUAAUUGAUUAGUAAGUUUUAAUAUCAAGAUGUACACUAAAUAAAUAAAAA